AUGUCUGCCGAAGAAUCCAUUUAUUCGAGAUAUAAAAAUGCCACGAGCGUGUCCACUCCGCCAAUUUCGCCUUGGGCAUUAGGAAUAGGAAACACACCUAGUCCCUACCCUUUGUCUUUCAAAGUUGACGGAACUGCAAAAGGUCAAAGCAAAAACCGUGGGCAACAGACAAUCUCCUAUGAGACAGAAGCCGAUCAAACCCGCGGAAAUUAUGAAGACCUGCUCACCUCUUAUCGGGAAGAUGCCAGUAAGGUCGACCGAUCUCCCAGUUCCUCAAGACCGCGAUCGAUCUUGGCGCAAACGACACCCACAAAAAAAAUGUUGUCAUUACGCCUUGACAAGACACCUCCCCCUGAUCAAAAGCCGACGCCGAGGCCAUCAAGACUGCACGGACAAAGUUCAUUCAUGGGCUUCGAUCCAUUCGCACACGAGCACAUGGGCUCACCAACGAUUUCUUAUACGUCUGUCGGUAGCAGCGUCUUUAAGCGUCCGUCACAGGUUUCUCUCUCCCAGUUCGAUGAAAAAUUAAGCUUCAGGGAGGAUCCGUCCAUCGCCACGACAUUUGAUCCGGAAAAAGACAAACAUCUGUACGAAACUUCAUUGGAUCUUUACAGAAGUUUCAGCAAGGGAAGUAGCAAAGAUACCGAGAGUUUCUUCUGGGAAUAA